CAGCUUGGUGGGGGGCGGCCCCGUGUAGGCCCAUCGGCCGCCAGGAAGCGGGGCAGCGCCUCUCACCCCCACGCGGAGGCGGCCAGGAAGAGACCGGCUCAGGGCGGGGGCAGCGGCUCUUUCAGCCGCGCACCCCGCAGUGUGCAGGCAACUCCGGGCCUGGUUGGAUGGCCGGAGAAGCGGUGGAGGAGCAGCACAUCUGCCGGCACAGCGGGAGAUGCCCUGAGAGGCACAGGGGCGCGGCGCACGCCGAGAGCGGCAUGCCUUCCGGUCGCUCGGCUGGCGCAGGCACCGGCUGCCGUGGGUGCAGCUCCAGGGACGGAGUCGGCCGGAGGGCAGCGGCGCUGUGCACGGAGGAACGGCUGUCCAGCCGCGAUUACGGAGCGGCUUCCUGCCGGCCCCUGCAGCUGAGUCAUGGAGCCUGCUGAGAGGGAGGCCGCCGGGGCGCUUCUCCCCAGCUCCGCCAGUUCCGCCCCGGGUGCCUGCGGGGCUGGAGGGCAGCCGGAAGACCCACACUUUUGCCUUGGGGCCCGGGCCAUGUCGCGGGCUGCCCUGAGGAGGCAGGGAAGAGAGGGACUUCGGCUGCUCCGGAGGGGCCCCCUGCCGACCAGGGGCCAGGAGGAAGCCUCAGCCACCGUGCUAGCCAUGGAACUCCGACGCAGCCACUUCUUGAUCAAAGGAGCCAAGUGCUGCGAGUGUGGGGCCUCGCUCUCGCACCAGUACUACGAGAAGGACGGGCACCUCUACUGCAAGAAGGACUACUGGGCCCGCUUCGGGGAGAUGUGCCACGGGUGCUCCGAGCAGAUCACCAAGGGACUCGUCAUGGUGGCUGGCGAGCAAAAGUACCACCCGGAGUGCUUCAGCUGCCUCAACUGCCGGGCCUUCAUUGGCGACGGGGACACCUACGCACUGGUGGAGCGAUCCAAGCUGUACUGCGGGCACUGUUAUUACCAGAUGGUGGUGACGCCAGUGAUGGACCAGCUGCUGCCGGAGUCUCCCGGCCCCCGGAUCCCGCACACGGUGACCCUCGUCUCCAUUCCCGCCUGUGCCGAGGGCAAACGAGGCUUCUCCGUCUCCAUCGACCAGCACGGUGGCUCAGAGCACCCGCACACCGUGCGCGUCCGGGAGCUGAACCCCGACUGCAUCAGCCCGGACAUGAAGAACUCCAUCCACGUGGGGGACCGCAUCCUGGAGAUCAACGGCACUCCGAUCCGGCACGUCGCGCUAGACGAGAUUGAUGUCCUCAUCCAGGAGACCAGCCGCCUGCUGCAGCUCACCAUCGAGCAUGACCCGCAAGGGCCCCCGGGCAGCAGCCCCCCCCCCCGCACUGCCAGCCCCCUCUACUCGCCCGGCCGCAGCCCCGAGCCCUCUGCCGCCCGCCAGCGCGCCAUCAUGAGGAGCUGCAGCAUCGACAAGUCUCCAUGCUCCAGCUCGCUGUGCUCCCCGGCCUCCCAGCGGAAGGACAUCGGCCGCUCCGAGUCCCUGCGGGUGGUCUCACGCCCUCACCGCAUCUUCCGCCCCUCGGACCUCAUCCAUGGAGAGGUCUUGGGCAAAGGCUGCUUUGGACAAGCCAUCAAGGUGACACACCGGGAAACCGGAGAGGUGAUGGUCAUGAAGGAGCUGAUUCGCUUUGACGAAGAGACCCAGAGAGCGUUCCUCAAGGAGGUGAAGGUGAUGCGGUGCCUGGAGCAUCCCAACGUCCUGCGCUUCAUCGGCGUCCUCUACAAGGACAAGCGGCUCAACUUCAUCACAGAGUACAUCAAGGGAGGCACGCUGCGCGGGAUCAUCAAGAACAUGGACAGCCAGUACCCCUGGAGCCAGCGGGUCAGCUUUGUGAAGGACAUCGCGGCGGGGAUGGCGUACCUGCACUCCAUGAACAUCAUCCACCGCGACCUCAACACACACAACUGCCUCGUGCGGGAGAACAAAAGCGUGGUGGUGGCCGACUUCGGCCUCUCCCGGCUCAUGGUGGACGAGAAGAGCCAGCUGGCGCCCGUGAAGAAGCCCGACCGCAGGAAGCGCUACACGGUGGUGGGGAACCCCUACUGGAUGGCCCCCGAGAUGAUCAACGGCCGGAGCUACGACGAGAAGGUGGAUGUUUUCUCCUUUGGCAUCAUCCUGUGCGAGAUCAUCGGGCGGGUCAGCGCUGACCCUGACUACCUGCCGCGCACCCUGGACUUCGGCCUCAAUGUCCGGGGCUUCCUGGACCACUACUGCCCGCCCAACUGCCCCCCGGCCUUCUUUCCCAUCGCCGUCCGCUGCUGUGACCUGGACCACGAGAGGCGGCCGUCCUUCAGCCGCUUGGAGCAGUGGCUGGAGGCCCUGCGGAUGCACGUCUCCCUGCAGCUCCCGCUGAGCCCGCAGCUGGAACAGCUGGAGCAGGCCUUCUGGGAGGCGCACCGGCCGGCGGAGGGCGGGCUGCUGGCGCACGCCGAGGUGUCGGAAUGAGCGCCGCCAGGUUGCUGGGCAGCACUGAGCCUUCCCUCCCGCACGGGCAGCGCGGCGGGCCAGGGGCACCCCUGCGAGCUGCUGGAGCUGGUCUCCGGGCCCGAAGAGGCACGGGUGCCCCUGUCCCCGGAGUGGGCUCUCCACGUGUCCUUCUUCAGGGUCGCGGGGGCAGCUGCGCUGCGCCCGGCAUCGUGGGAUCGUGUAAAUACUCCUCACGAACGGGCGCCCCCUGCCCCAUGGAAAGCCCCCCACGGCUGAGGGAAGGGACACCCCUCCUUGCGUGACUUGUGGU